AUGUAUGUAUUUGAAGAUUCCAAAGAUGGCUUUUUUGUGAGGGGAAAAUCAUCAAAUGACUUCUCCCGCCCAGGGCCGGGUUGGACCCUAGGUCUGGAGCCGGACUUCUUGUAUCCAUUGGAGAACGUGACCAUCGCUCAAGGUCGGGACGCGAUGUUUACCUGCGUGGUGAAUAACCUUGGCGGUUACAGGGUAGCGUGGAUCAAAGCGGACACGAAGGCGAUUCUGGCGAUACACGAGCACGUGAUAACGAACAAUGCACGGCUGAGCGUCACGCACAAUGACUACAACACGUGGACGCUCAACAUUAGGGGUGUGAAGCGGGAGGACAGAGGACAAUAUAUGUGCCAAGUUAAUACUGACCCAAUGAAAAUGCAGACCGCAUUUCUGGAAGUAGUUAUUCCUCCAGACAUAAUCUAUGAAGAAACUUCUGGAGACAUGAUGGUACCAGAAGGUGGUUCUGCGAAGCUAGUCUGCAAAGCCAGGGGAUAUCCUCCACCCAAGAUAGUUUGGCGCAGAGAGGACGGAGGUGACAUUAUAUCAAGAGGAGGCCCACAAGGAAAGACUAAAGUUACAUCGCUGGAAGGCGAGAUCGUCAACCUAACAAAGGUCACGCGCUCAGAGAUGGGCGCAUACUUGUGCAUCGCAGCCAAUGGGGUGCCUCCCUCCGUCAGCAAGAGAAUAAUGCUGCAUGUACACUUCCAUCCAUUGGUGCAAGUACCAAAUCAACUGGUGGGUGCUCCGACAGGCACCGACGUCACCCUCCAGUGCCACGUCGAGGCCUCACCCAAGGCCAUCAACUAUUGGACUAGAGAGAAUGGUGAAAUGAUAAUAUCAAACGACAAAUACCAGAUGACGGAGAUCAACAGCUCUGCAUACAGCGUGCAGAUGCGUCUCGUUAUCAGGAACAUCCAGAGAAGUGACCUCGGAGGAUACAAGUGCAUAUCUAAGAAUUCUAUAGGCGAUGCCGAGGGCAACAUUAGGUUAUAUGAAAUGGAGUUACCAAAUCGCAAAUCGCGAGACGACGACGAUCGCGACUACUCCAUCGAAGAAACGAACGAUGUCCGUUCCAGUCUUCAGGGCCCACUUCGAGAAGGUGGACCAAGAGAUGAAGAUGCAAGCUUCUUAGGCGGAGGCGGGCCAGCCCCCGCUGCCGCGUCCGCCCUCACCGUGAGCGCUCCCUUUUUAAUAACGACCUUAGUCCUCGCCACAUGCUAA